AGCGUUGUGUGAUAGGAUUAGAGGGAACAAACUACAGAAUUACUGCUGUGCUCGUUUAUAUACACGUACAUAUACAAACAUCAGGAAUGUUAGGGUAACUGAGAGGAUGAAAAUGCAGAAAAAAAAGAGAAUGUGCUGAAGAUUUCAGUUUCACCUUUUUACGGUGUCUCCAUGUUUUAUGAAUUGUAGGCCUAACCCAUGUGCCUUCUGCACGAUCCAAUACUGGUGCUUGGCUCGUCGUUGUACAAACAUGUUCUUUUUCUAAGUCCUAGGGCUUUUGUGUAGGCCUAAUUUAAGUAAUUAGUAAAAAAAAUUGAAUUCAAUUAGCCACGUAGUUUGACUGCAGUCCAGUUUCAACGUCAAGAAAAUUAGAGAAGUCUUAAUUUAAAGAAGAAAGAACAGCCACUUGAUGUGUUUCAGAAAUGGAUUUUGACCAUAAAGUAGCUUGUUCCUGACACUUGGUUAACAAAGUCUACCUUGUCUAGUACUUGAAGGUCAUCUUCCUUUUUUGUGUGAGGGAAUUGUCUAAAGUGGCAGUUUUUCAUUUUCCUUUGAACUGAGGUCAACAGAAGCUGCAACCAUUGAUUUGCAACUUGGAAUCUCACCCCAGGGUGGGUCACUUGCCAACGCCUGGUCACCACACACAGAUAAAAAAAAACUCUUAAGAGGCCAAGAAUGGAUAAUUCUCUGAUUGGUGCACGUGGUCCAAUAGCAAAUGGUCCCCUGCACACUAGACCCCUGGUGGCACUUCUGGAUGGCCGAGACUGCUCUGUUGAGAUGCCUAUCCUUAAGGAUGUAGCAACAGUUGCAUUUUGUGAUGCUCAGUCUACUCAAGAGAUCCAUGAAAAGGUUCUAAAUGAGGCAGUUGGAGCCCUCAUGUGGCAUACCAUUACACUUGCUAAAGACGAUCUGGAAAAAUUCAAAGCCCUCCGCAUUAUAGUUCGGAUUGGUUCUGGAGUAGACAACAUUGACAUCAAAGCAGCUGGAGAACUUGGUAUAGCAGUAUGCAAUGUUCCAGGAUAUGGUGUGGAAGAAGUUGCCGACACUACCUUGUGUCUCAUAUUAAACCUCUACAGGCGAACUUAUUGGCUGGCCAACAUGGUGAGAGAAGGGAAGAGAUUUCAGGGUCCAGAACAGGUUCGAGAGGCUGCCCAAGGUUGUGCACGAAUAAGGGGAGACACACUGGGUAUUGUGGGAUUAGGUCGGGUUGGAACAGCAGUAGCUUUAAGAGCCAAAGUGUUUGGUUUCAACGUGACCUUUUAUGAUCCCUACCUUCCUGAUGGAAUAGAACGCUCCUACGGUUUAAAUCGAGUCUACACUUUGCAAGACUUACUGUUUCAAACCGAUUGUGUGUCCCUGCACUGUACCCUUAAUGAACACAAUCAUCACCUGAUAAACGAGUACACCAUUAAACAGAUGAGGCCAGGUGCCUUUCUGGUUAAUACAGCAAGGGGAGGACUUGUGGAUGAAGCUGCUCUAGCCUCUGCAUUAAAAGAAGGGCGAAUCCGAGCAGCUGCUUUAGAUGUUCAUGAAAAUGAACCUUUCAAUGCACUUAGUGGCACCCUAAAGGAUGCACCAAACCUUAUGUGUACACCCCAUGCUGCUUGGUACAGUGAUGCAAGCUCCACUGAACUUCGAGAAAUGGCAGCUGCUGAAAUAAGGAGAGCCAUUGUGGGUCGUAUUCCAGAUUCCUUACGUAACUGUAUCAAUAAGGGUUACUUUAGCAGUAGCGGGUUCGGCGAAACAAUCAACGGGGCUGCAACUUACAAUUAUAAUCCCAUGGUGAUGGCUCAUUCAACCACAUUAGAGCCCUUAUCCACCUCUCCUGCCAUCCCUACAUCUCAUUCAACACCACACUCUACCCUGCAAGAUACACCAAAUCACCUACCCCCAAAACCUGAGAGCUCGGAGGUUCAUUAGUGGUGUCAUUCCAUGCCACCAGUUUGGAUAGUGCAGACAAACAUUACCAACUUCCUCCUGGUAGUCCAGAAACCUCUCCAGUGAUUUGGCUACAAAAAAGAAUUACCCUUUGAAAGCGUGUGUAUAUUUGUGUGAUCCAGAUCAUGGUCUUUGUUGUAACAGUGGACUUGAGUCAGUUUACUCAGUUAUUAGGGAUAAGGAAUGGAUGGCCUGCAAUUUUCUACACUAAACAAAAGUGCUUCUCUUUUAUAAGCCCUGCCGCCUAGCACACAGAAAGAGCUUACUCAAAGAAAGCCACGACGUCCCAUGUCUCCAUAACAUUUGACUUUUGUGAAGGUAGAUCUUGGAUUUGUAACAUGACACGUGCUGGCCACAAUCGAUGAUCUUAUGCAGUUCUCUUUAACUUCCUAUUAUUAUAGAGCCAGAGAUAUAUUGUGAUGGAACAACAUCUAUUGUAUAUUUCAUGUCAGUAUGAGUCGGAAUAUUUUUUCUCUGUGUGUGUGUGUUGGGUAGAAAAUGGUUAGUCUAACUAAAGCUAAUUAAAGUUUCUGUUGCGUUGCAUUUUUUUCUCAUCUUUCAAUAUACAUUAGGACAUCUUGAAUAACUUUAAGAUAGAAGAGAUUCUUUAUACAUCUGUUUUUCAGUUAUUACGUUCUUGUGCUAGAGUUCAACCUCACACUAACUUUUUGAGGUAUAGUUUCUGUAACAGUGUAAUACAAUUUUGGAAGCACUGUAUAAGCAAAAAUCAAGGUAGUCCUGGAUUCUCUCUUGAGCAAGGGUUUAAUGGUGUUGAUGAUACAGUUUGACGUUAGGAAUAUUUCAUAUUAGAUUUACCACUACUUAUGUUUCAUUAGUACUUUUAUCGAGAAAUGAUGGUAUAGUUCUAAAAAGACAAAUCUAUCGGUAUAAUGACUAACAAAUUGAUUUAAUAUCUUGAUUACCGUAACAAGUGUUUACAUUAAAUGUUUAUUUAUCUACUUGUUAAAGUUAUUUUAAUGUAGAAACAUGAGCAGUAGUAGAUCAACCUACAUUGAAGAAGAAAUGCAGGAUACCAAAAUAAUGUUACAUUAAACGUAUUAGAAUUUUUACUACUAUUAUACUCGUAUCUGUAGACACCUCUUGGUUUACUAGAGAAUCUACCCUUGACAAUUGCUAUUAAAUAUAACUUUUGGACACAAAGAAAAUUACAUACUUAAAAUAUGUAGAUAUAAAGUGUAUAUACAACAUGUGUAUGUUUAACAUUCACAACUAUAAAGUAAAAGAUUUUAAAAAUCUUGUGUUUAAGGCUAUAAUAGAUAUAAACAAUUGUACACAAAUUUUGAUCAAUGCUAGAUACUAAAGAGUGAAGUUUAAUUAUAAAAAUGGUACAGUGUAGUUGAUAUCCUCCAAGUAUUGGUUUUCAUUUUAAACUAACACUUUACAAAUUUGAUUAUUUAGGUUAAAGUACAAUCAAAGAUUUAUCCUGUCUUAUUAAGUUUACUUCCUAAAACUAGAAACUAAUUGUUUUAAAAUCAAUUCAGAACCAUUAUUAAUUACAUUUAUGUUGUUUAAUGGUGACUGUAAAGUGGUUCUUAUAAUAGAAAUAGUAGUUAUCUCUCUUUCCCUGGGUCAUGGUUAUUUAUACAUUAAUGCUCUCUGUCCAAGUGUUCUACACUGAAACUAUAUUUCCUCAUAUUAUAUAGUUAAAGGCUGUAUAUUAAUUAUCUCUGCCACUGUUAUUAACUGAUAAUUCCCUAAUUGUAAGUACUCCAAGUUACAAUACAGACCUAUUUUUAAAGAGUUGGGAACACACACAACUGUUUUUUUCUUUUUAAACAAUGAAGAGCACUUAUCCCAAUUCAAUGUUAAGUUGCUAAAAAUGAACUUAGUAACAACAAACAUUAAGAGGGAAUGAAAAAAAAGUCAAUUCAAAAUUGAUUUCUGCUUUCUGUUAUAAGUCCCAGAUAUUGUGAUAGCAUCAUUCCAUUUUAGUUAACUGAAACUAUAUAAAUUGAAUGAAGCCUUCAUGUAAACCAUGUGUUUGAUUGUUGAGUAACUGUCCAGUAUCUCUCAAAUUUAAUAUCUGCUUUCCAUUGAUAAGUUUAGUGUUUUUUUGUUUUCUCUAAUGUGGCCACAGAAUGGCAUCCUGUGUAAAAUGUUUCUUUUUGUGGAAAGCUUUUGUUGUGUCAAUAAAUUGUUUAUUUAGGUGAAAAAUGUUAGUAAUGAUUGGCUCUGUAUGGUAUACUUUAUCCUUUACAUGUGAUAAUUAAUACAUUUGAUGGAGGUGGGUAAUAAAAGUUAGCACUUUUA